AACGGAAGGAAUUGGAUGGGAAAAACUGGGAAAGGAUGGCCGAGUGGGUAAGGUUCCGAUACGGCGACAAGGGGGGUGGAGAACAGUCAUGAAAAUCAACUGGGGGUUCCUCUCCAGCAUCAUGAGUUGCAAUCGUGACGGGGCAUUUUCUUUUGGGGUCUCUCUGUGCUCUCUGUGCUCUCUCUUGCUCUCUCACUCUCUCUCUCACUCACGCUCGCACUCACACUCUCAAUCAAUCUUUCAAUUCCUUUCACUCCCAUUUCCCAUAUCUGAGAUCUGGCAGACUCUGUCGAGGUCUCCCCAUUUCCACUUUGAGGUCCUCAUCGGAGAAGUCCAGAUGCAGGAGAAAAGCAUUCGAUUGACUGGAAAAGGAAGGUAAAGGGAAAAAAAAGAAAAGGUAAAAUGGUCUCCACAAUAGGGUGCCACUGGGAAGGCCGCAAACGAUAGUUGGUCCAGGAACAAACCAACAGAGGCAGUGAAGUGCGAUGGG